AUGUCAACUACCACAGUUGUAUCCAAGAUCAAACAACAGAAGAAGCAACCACAACUAUCUCUGAGAAAAGUUGUAUUUAACAUUUCGCAGAGUUUCAAAGUUAUCAGGGUAUUAGGUGAAGGGGCUUAUGGAAUAGUUGCCCUAGCGAUCCAUCUACCAACAAACACUAAAGUUGCAAUUAAAAAGAUUGAACCAUUUGAAAGACCAUUAUUCUGUUUACGCACUCUUCGUGAAAUCAAACUUCUCAAUAAAUUCAAAAACAAUGAGAAUAUAGUCAAACUAUACGAUGUUCAAAAACCUAGCAGUUAUGCUGCUUUCAACGAAGUUUAUUUGAUUCAAGAGUACAUGCCUAGUGAUUUACAUAACAUUAUCCAGACUCAUUGUUUGAGUGAUCGACAUAUUCAGUAUUUCAUCUAUCAAAUUCUUAAAGGUUUGAAACUAAUACAUAGUGCCAGUGUCAUUCACCGUGAUUUAAAACCAUCGAAUAUUUUAGUGAAUGAAAACUGUGAUUUAAAAAUUUGCGAUUUUGGUUUAGCUAGAUUAGAUUCUGCUAAUGUCAAGAGUAAGAAAAUUUCUUUGCUUACAGAAUACGUUGCAACUAGAUGGUAUAGAGCUCCUGAAAUAAUGCUUUCUGCCUCGGAUUACUCAACCGCAAUAGAUAUGUGGUCAGUUGGCUGUAUAUUGUUUGAAUUAUUAACAUACAAGGCUAUUUUUCCUGGAUCUGAUUAUAUAAAUCAGUUGAAACUAAUAUUUAAAGUUUUGGGCACGCCGAGUGAAGAAGAUUUGGAGACUAUCAAAUCCAGUAGAGCUAAACAAUUCAUCUGCUCGCUUCCAGUGAUCAAAAAGUUGGACUUUACCAAAUUUAUUAUAAAUCACCCGUCUCGGAUCUUGAGACAUCAAGAAGCAGCAGCCAUCGUGAACCCUUUGUCAGUUGAUUUAUUGGAAAAGUUACUAGUAUUUAAUCCAAGCAAACGAUUGACUGCCAAGGAGGCGUUAAAACAUCCAUAUUUGGCAAAUUAUCAUGAUCCUUUAGAUGAACCACAAACGCUGCCUAUACCAAUUGAGGAGUUUGAUUUUGAUAUUGAAAAAAAGAACUUGGACACAGAGAGCUUAAAGAUACUAAUAUUUAAUCAGAUAAUGAAAUUUGGAAAGUAA